GUUCCGCUGGUCCGUCCUGUGUAUGGAUGUUGCAUGAAGCUCGGCUGACCUGCAGCGGCAUGUGUGUUAUUUUUUUUAUGAAUCAUUUUUGUUUUCCAGCCGGUUUUGCACCAUAGCAUAACACAGCCGCAUGUAGCCAUUUUCUGGACUUUGUAGCAUAACUUAAAACCGAACACAGGGUUCAGGUGUGUGAGGGAAACAAGCAGAGUUCACCUGUCGGGCUACGGCUUAAUAAAUAAAUCUGACGCCAAGUGAGUCCAGCUCGGUGGCAGUCAGCAUGGACCCGGACAGCCGGAGCCGGGACCCGGACAGCCGGAGCCGGGACCCUGACAGCCGGAGCUGGGACUGGGACCGGCCGCAGUGCCGGGCUCAGAUGGAUGAGAUCUUCUUCCGCCAGCAUGACUACAUCCCAGCCGGCAGCCCUGAACACGCAGACUUCUGGGCCUUCUUUGAGCGCUUCCAGAGGUUUAAAAUGAAGAAGGACGUGUCCGGGUGUGGGGGCAGCAGAAAGGAGGAGCGGGAUGAAGGAAAAGAGAGCAGGAAGAGCUCCGCCGCAAAGGUGGAUAUCGGCCUUCCUCAGGAGUAUGACGCCCGCUACCGGAUCAAUGUGUCCGUGUGCACCCGGGACGUGGAGGAGCGCCUGGGGAGGUCGGAGCAGGGAGGCAGACGGAGCUCCGCGGGUCCGGGCAGCCAGGAGGUGACAGACUGCCGGCUUGCCCUCCUGCACUUCCUGGACUUCAGUCAGAGGCAGAGCUUCGGGAAACUGGCCAAGCUCCGCCGGGAACAGAAGAAUCUGCCCAUCUUCCAGUACCGGGACCGGAUCGUGGAUCUGGUGCGCCGGCACCCGGUGGUGGUGGUGGCAGGGGACACGGGCUGUGGCAAAUCCACCCAGGUGCCCCAGUACCUCCUGGACGCCGGCUUCAGCCACAUCGCCUGCACUCAGCCGCGGCGGAUCGCCUGCAUCUCCCUCGCCAAGAGGGUCACCUUCGAGAGCCUCAACCAGUACGGCUCCAAGGUGGGGUACCAGAUCCGCUUUGAGACCACGCGCACCGCCGCCACCAAGCUGCUGUUCGUGACCGAGGGGCUGCUGCUGCGGCAGAUCCAGCAGGACGGGGCGCUGGCUCAGUACCAGGUGGUGAUUGUGGACGAGGUGCACGAGAGACACCUCCACUGCGACUUCCUCCUCGGCGUCCUGCGCUCUCUGCUGCUGAGCCGCCCCGCCCUGCGCCUCAUCCUCAUGUCGGCCACCAUCAACAUCAAACUCUUCUCCAGCUAUUUCAACAAUGCGCCUGUGCUGCAGGUGCCGGGCAGGCUGUUUCCCAUACAGGUGAUAUACCAGCCCAUUCCCCCGGAGGAGCAGGUGUCGCGCUCUGAGAAGAUGGAUCCCAGGCCGUACCUGCGUGUCCUGCAGGGCAUCGACCAGCGCUACCCCCCAGAGGAGCGAGGCGAUCUGCUCAUCUUCCUCAGCGGUGUGGCGGAGAUCUCCACCAUCCAGGAGGCCUGUCAGGUCUACGCCACACACACCCGCCGCUGGAUCGUGCUGCCGCUGCACAGCACCCUCUCUCUGGCCCAGCAGGAUAAGGUGUUUGAUAUUGCUCCUCCUAGUGUGAGAAAGUGCAUCAUCUCCACAAAUAUUGCAGAAACCUCAGUUACCAUUGAUGGAGUGCGCUUUGUCGUCGACUCGGGAAAGGUAAAGGAAAUGAGUUUUGAUCCUAAGGCUAAGAUGCAGCGUCUGCAGGAGUUCUGGAUCAGCCGAGCCAGCUCUGAGCAGAGGAAAGGCCGCGCUGGUCGAACGGGUCCAGGUGUGUGUUACCGCCUGUACGCCGAGUCAGACUACGACGCCUUCGCCCCUUAUCCUGUCCCUGAAAUCCACAGAGUGGCUCUGGACUCCCUCAUUCUGCAGAUGAAGAGCAUGUCCCUCGGAGAUCCGCUUUCGUUUGCCUUCAUUGAUCCGCCUCCAGCUGACAGAAUCCAGACUGCAGUGACUUAUCUGAAAGAGCAGGGGGCGCUAGACCGUCACAGUGAGCUGACCUCGAUCGGCAGUUUGCUGGCACAGCUGCCUGUGGAUGUCGUCAUAGGGAAGAUGCUGGUGCUGGGCUCUCUGUUUAACCUGGUGGAGCCGGUGCUGACGGUGGCAGCGGCCCUCAGCGUGCAGUCGCCCUUCCUGCGCAGCGCACAGCACAACCCGGACUGCACCACCGCACGCCAGCCCCUGCACAGCAGCCAGGGAGACCCCUUCACCCUCCUCAACACCUUCAACGCCUGGGUGGAGGUGAAGGGUGAGAGAGGUGGGGGCUCGAGGAAGUGGUGCAGGAGGAGAGGCCUGGAGGAGCAGCGCUUAUACGAGAUGGUGAAUCUACGCAAACAGUUCAAGGACUUGUUGAAGAGCCACAGCCUGCUGGAGUCAGAGUUCAGCGCGCCCUCUGGUGGCCACCGCUCGCAGCGCAGGGAGAGGCUGACGGAGAGGAGGAAGCUGCAUCAGCUGAAGAGAGACCACGAGCAGCAAGAGGGCAGCAGACGGAAAGUGCUGAGGCUGGAGGAGGGCCAGGAGGGCGAGUCCUCCUCAGGGUCCGAUGGAGAGGAAACAGGCCGAGGCAAGAAGGACAAGGACGGCUCAGGACAGAACAUGGACAUACAGGAGGUGAAGUUCAAGUUGCGGCACAACGUCUCAGAGCUGCAGGAGGCGGCCAGCUCCAGCCAGGAUCUGUCCUCCCGUCAGCACUCUCUGCUGAAGCUGCUGCUGUGCCGCGGCCUCUACCCGCAGCUGGCACUGCCCGACGAGCACAACAGCACACGCAAGGACACGGAGCAGGUUUUCCACACCAAGAAUAAGCACGGCGUGGUGAUCCACCCGACCAGCGUGUUUGCCAGUGACCCGGAGGUGUUACAUGUUCCUGAGGACGAGACCGGACACACGGCUCCAGACCGGAGGGACAGCAGCAGACACCAGCUGCUCGCCUUCGUCACUCUGCUAGAGACCAACAAGCCCUAUUUGUCCAACUGCGUCCGGGUCCCAGCGCUGCAGGCUCUGCUGCUGGUAGCGAACUCCGUGGACAGUAAUUCGGACUGUACCCGUCUGGUUGUGGAUGGCUGGCUGGAGCUGGAGCUGCGGGAUGCAGAGGGAGCCCUCAAAGUGCUGUCCACGGCUCUGACCCUCAGGACGGACUGGGAGCGCCUGCUGCUGGCCCAGCUGGGGAAGGGCACCACCGGGGGGCUGGGGGGACCCGGGGUGUCCCGCAGAGACAUGGAGAAGCUGAGCGAGGGCCUGGUCCGCUUCCUGCUGUACACUGAGGUGAGCUACAGCCUGCGGAGGCUCACUGCCUUCCAGACCCAGAACCUGUACAUCGGCCCUCAGCCUGAGCAGGACCCGUCCCAGACCCAAACCGCCAACCUGAACCCGCUGUUUCCAGGAGUCGAGGCCAAACCGGACCCCGUUAAAGGAGGCCUGCGCGUCACCGGCUUCUUCACCUACAACUGCCUGGCGGACUCCAGGGAUCUUUACAGCGAGUGUUUACGCACUUUCUGGACGUGUCCAAACUGCGACCUCUACAUGCCUCUGACUCCCCUGGAGCGCAUGCAGCACGAGGCCUCCUGCAGGCCGGCCGCUGAACUGCAACAGGAAGGAGAGCCGGAGAAUGGCAAGGCGAGCUCCUCGUCAGCGUCCAGCCUCACCAGAGUGUAUCACUGCGACGUGUGCGACGAGGACCUGAGCCUCACCUCCACUGAGAUCCUCAAGCAUAAACGGCAGCACAUGUACUCCGCCAAGUGACUGACCGAGCCGACAAACGGAAUGAGGACCGCAGUUUGUUCCUGUCUGGUCACGUUUAUCACGUGGAACCGACUUAAGACGUUUUUCUAGAAUAAACCAUUUUUAUGUUC